AUGGGCUUACUGAAAAGCAUACUUGAACCACUUGCAAUUGCCGCCAUUUUUACCAUCGGGGCCUGGGUUAAUAGGGAGGACGUCCCUUGGUACGAUGAUCUUCGUGCACCCUUGUUAAAGAAUGAUGAUGCAGAUCCGGAACAGAAUGGGUUGAGGGCAGGUCACGGUGAUGAAGCCAGGGACGGGGAAGUCGUCAGGGAUAAUGCCAGUGCAGAACUGGCACCCAAGAGAUAUAAACCGAAUAUACAAUCGCGGAUAUUGGCCCGGUUUCCCUUCAUAAUCGAGAUCUUCUACUGGCUGCUUAUCUACUGGAUCUACCAAGGCUCCCGAGCCAUCUCCGCACGAGUAAUCGCAGGCCACAAAGCCAUAUUCGACAAAGCCGAGCACCACGCCCUUUCCAUCCUAUCCCUAGAAUCCACACUGAGCAUAAACAUCGAACUCCCAACCCAACAAUUCGUCCUCAAAAAAACACCAUGGCUCAUACUCAUCCUCGCCCAAAUUUACUACUCCCACAUAAUCCUCGGCGUCGCAUUCCUAGUAUACAGUUACACCUUCCUCGCGCGGAGCACAUACAAAACCAUCCUCCGCACCCUCGCCCUCUGCAACGGCAUCGCAUUUAUAAUUCUCUCACUAUGGCGCUGCGCACCACCACGCCUCCUCCCCGAGGAAUAUGGCUUCAUCGACGUAUUGCAUAAUACUCGCUCGAAUUCGGAUUCCGCGUGGACGCAGAAUAAAUUUCAGUUAACGAUUGCUGCGAUGCCGUCGUUGCAUUUUGGGGGGUUUGGUUUGUUUUGGCCUGUUGCGAUGGGGGCUACGGUUGUUGCGACCGCUAAUCAUUUUAUUAUGGAUAUGGGUGUUGGGGUUUUGGUUGUUGUGGUUGCUUGGUGGGUUAAUUGGGGGGUUUUGGUUCUUUUGCCGGUUGAAAGGGGGUUGUUUGGAUUGUUGAGGUUGGUGAAACCUCCAGAUGGUGUUGAUGGUGGUGAUGGUGCGUAG